AUGAUGUCCCUAAGGAACCUCGCCCGCAGCGCCCCGCGGUCUGCUACUCGUUUCUCCACCAAAGCCGUUCGCCCGCAAUCGUCACUGCGACAGGCUUUCCAGCCAGCAGCAUGGGCCGCUCCAAUUCCUCGUCUCACAGCAUCUUUCUCCAUGUCGGCAGCAAGGAGAGAGGACUCUGGUACCAAUGAGGAACUCGUCGCGAAGCUUCAGAGCGAGAUCUCCAUGGAAGAGGGCAUGAAGGAGGACGAAGACCUUUCUCACAACAUCAAGGAGUACCUUGAGAACAGUCCUUUUGAGAUUGAGGACAAGGCCGGCAACCAGGAAGUAGUCCUUACCCGCACAUUCAACGACGAGAAGAUCCGAAUCACCUUCACCACCGCCGACCUCAACAGCAACCUGCCCGGUGAGGACAUGGCCGACGACAGCGCCAUGUACGACGACGCCGACAUGGACGUACAGUCUGGUGGCGCCAACACCAAGGGUGCCAUCAACCAGGGCAGGACACAAGAUGGAAACCUUCGCGUAGCCCCCGAGGACCGCAUUGCUCCCGCCGACCGUGAAGAGCUCGAGGACGACUAUGAGAAUGACGGCGAACAGCAGGGCUUCCCUGCUCACGCCAGCAUCCGCAUCGAGCGUCCCGGCAAGGGUGCUCUUGCCAUUGAGGCUACCGCCCAGGACGGUGACUUCCUCAUCGAGGACCUCUACUACUUCCCGUCCGCUGAUCUAGCCGACCCCGCCACCGCUGAGAAGGACUGGUCAAGACGCGCUCUCUACACUGGCCCUCCUUUCAACAACCUAGACGAGGACCUCCAGAUCCUCCUUGAGAAGUACCUUGAGGAGCGUGGCAUCAACACCCGCCUCGCACUGUUCAUCCCCGACUACAUUGACCACAAGGAGCAGAAGGAGUACAUCAAGUGGCUCAACAACGUCAAGAACUUUGUCGCAUAG